CACUCAUAUGAGGUAUCUCUUCGGAGAAUCAAACACACCCCUGUGCACUCCAGCCAUUUCUUCUUCCGAUUCAGUUUGCAACGUACAACACUGUCGAAGAAAUUAGGAUCAUACUUUCAACGCUCGAAAGUUGAAGGAGGGGCGACACCGGURAUGUCGACCACAGCAACAAACAAUGGGACGGAAAAGAACAACAUCCGCACCGCAUGCGAUGGCUACGUCCAGGCAGGUUUGACGGGAAACAAGACAAUACAGUUCCUCAUAGAAAAUCUUGUUCGAAUGGGGUGCACUCCACCCGAAGGGUUCAUCCAAUGUCUUGACUGCGAAGGAAAGCMGGUGUCGGGUGGGUUUGGGAUGCUGCAAGAAGAAGUCUUGGCAGAAGAUGGCAACAGUGGCAGUGCUGCUCUUAACAAGCAACUGUCCGAGGCUGCGACCAAAAAGCCACACUGCACAAAAUCCACACAGGAGAUACUUGACCAAUUCCAGCGAGACAAAGAUGGCAAGACGAAACUCAGCCUACGGCCCGAAAUCUAUAUUUGCCAGGAACACGUAUCCGGUCCCAAACACGCCAAUACCAUACUGACUCACGAAUUGAUCCAUGCCAUAGACAUGUGUCGGGCAAAGAUGGAUCCCCUGCGGAAUUGUAUGCAGCUCGCCUGCACCGAGAUUCGGGCCGAGAAUCUGAGCGGAGAAUGCGACAUGUCCUGGGAAUUUCUUCGCGGGAAACUGAACAGCUCUCCGAGCAUUCUAGGCCACGGAAAGGAGUGUGCGAGACGGAGGGCCAUCGAUUCGGUCCGAGCCAAUCCAAAUUGCACCGAGCGAGCCGAAUUGUACGUAGAUGCGGCGAUGGAACGGUGUUACGCCGAUACGUUUCCGUUCGAACGCCAUCCCAAGCAGAAAUGAGACAAAACAAAUCCAGUCAACUCGACUAGAUAUAUACCUACAAUYAAUAGACCAAACAUAUCGUA